AUGCCCAUUGGUGGUGUUGACAAGAAAGAGGUUCCAGGACUGCUGACAUUCAGGGAUGUGGCCAUAGAAUUCUCUCAGGAGGAGUGGGGAUGCCUGAACCUCGUUCAGCGGGAAUUGUACAGGGAUGUGAUGUUAGAGAACUAUGGACACCUCCUCUUCCUGGGUCUCAUUGUGUCAAAGCCAGACUUGAUCAUGUUUUUGGAGCAAGAGAAGCAGCUCUGGGAUGUGAAGAGAAAGGAGACAGUAGCCUUCCAUCCAGGUAGGUGGGAAUGA